AGUACCGUCCCUCCUCUUCAAGCUCGACAUUCGAAAGGCUUUCGACUCGGUGAAAUGGGAGUACUUGCUUGAUCUUCUACAACGUUGUGGCUUCCUGACUAAUUUAGGGAUUGGAUUGUCGCCUUGCUUCACACAUCAUCCUCCCGCAAGGAGAUCCCCUAUCGCGGCUCCUUUUCUCAUUGCAAUUGACCCCUUACAAAAAAUCCUUGAGUUGUCCACUCAAUGUGGUAUUCCCAGAAGAUACGUUGUAGAGGGGUCACCAUUCACACUUCCCUCUAUGCAGAGGAUGCGACAGUCUUUAUGGCUCCUAUCAAGACAGACAUCAAAAAUCUUGUGAGUUUGAGCAAUUUUGAGGGAGUAACAGGGCUGGCCACAAAUUUCCAGGAGAGUGUGGUUGUUCCCAUCCUUGCAACAAUACUUUACAGGUUGCUGCCGGCUCGGGCGGCCUUCCCAACCAAGUACUUGGGGCUACCACUUUCGGUAUGGCAACUCAAAAGGGUCGACUUCCAGCAUCUUGAAGAUAAUAUUGCCUCCAAGCUCACCAUUUGGGACGGAAGAAAUAUCACCAUCAUUGGCCGGGCAACCCUUGUCAAGCCUGUUCUCACCUCAUAGGCGAUUUAUCACAUUACCACCCAUAUGGUUGCCGGACUCAGAUCCGUUGUCCGCCAUGCCAGAAAUGGCCAGAAAAAGUUGAGCGAAGCGGACCGAAAGUGAAGUGGAAUGGUUAGGGUUUGGUCGGGGAUGUGGAUAGGGACAAGAUAUAUGUGUUGUUGGGUGGGCCGAUCCGACGUGGCGGACGCGGCCGAGCGUGUUCGCGCGCGCCUCAAAUCUAGGGUUGGGUUUUGGUGAUGUCGGCAAACUAGAUGUUUGGGUUUGCUAUACGAUGGGCGGCUAUUCUCGGUCCGAGCAGUGACCGGCCGGCUGUCUGUCCUUAUUUGUCUGGGAGGAUUUGAGGGUCCGAAGAUGCUCUAAUGAGAAUGGGAGAUGCUGCCGAGAGAAAAUUCCAGGAAAAGGUCUUCGUCGACCACUUCGUCUCUUCAUUGAAGCGCGCGCGCUCUCUCUCUCUCUGCUCCGGUGUUCCUCCGCACCCCUCUCCCUCUCCCUCUUCCUCUUCCUCUUUCCAAGUCUGACACCCCGCACACACGCUACCACCACUGGCCGAGAGGCAUGGAGCUGCCUCCGGUUAGCGCUUCCCUGGGUGCCAUGGGCUCCCUCCCAGGGAAGCUGGAACUGGAUCCACUCCUUGAUGCGGAACUCAAGGUUGAGCUGGGGAAACUCACAAACGGGCUGCUGCUGCUCUCGGAGGCACGAGACCCUUCCGUAGAAGCCAGGAUCUGGAUGAAGGAUGUGCGCGAGCUAUCCUAUGACAUGGAAAACUGCGUCGACCUCGCCGACCCGGAUCUCGCCUACCCGGAUAUCUGGGUCGGCAGGAUGUCUGGAUUCAAGGCCCGCGUGAAGGAGGCCAACGAGCGGUACGAUAGAUGUAUGCUUGGAAGCAUCCCCGUCUGUUCAAAUCCUGCAACUGAUUUCCAGUUCCUGAUGGUGGACGGCCGGAGGAGGACGCCAGACCUGCCAGUCGUCGGUCUUUAUGAUGGCCCGUUCAAUGCCCUCUACCAGUGGCUGACCGAUGAUGACAAGGAGCUCAAGGUGGCAUCCGUUGUCGGUGUUGGGGGAAUCGGCAAGACCACGCUUGCCAAACAGCUAUGGCGUGAGCACAAACCCAGGGACUACUUUGGCUGCUGCGCAUUUGUGCGGACGGCCAAGAAGCCUGACAUGAGGAGGCUGCUCAGGAGCAUACUCGCACAAGUUCGUCCGCACCAACCACCCGCCACUAAUGAGGUGCACGAGCUGAUUCACGACAUCAAGCAGCAUCUACAAGGGAAAAGGUACUUUCUUAUAAUCGAUGAUUUAUGGGCUACCUCUGUAUGGGAUGUUGCUAGACGGGCUUUCCCGGAGGGUAAUCGAAGUAGGAUAAUAAUAACGACUGAAAUUAAGGAUGUUGCACUGGCGUGCUGUCGUUACCAGUCAAAAUCCAUCUAUAAGAUGGAACCUCUUAGCGUCAAUCACUCAGAAGAAUUGUUCAUCAGAGGAGUGUUUGCCUCUGGAGAAGAAAAAUCUCGCCAAUUGGAUAAAGUGUGGGAGAAGAUAAUAAGAAGAUGUGCUGGUUUACCACUGGCAAUUAUCAGCAUAUCCAGUAUUCUAGCAAGCCAAGGGGAAGCAAAUACAGUACAAGAAAGGGAGCAAAUACAGAACAUUUUACCAACAGAUACAACUCAUGUGGAGGUACUCAAACAAGUACUCAAUUUUUGCUACAAUUGUCUUCCCAGUCAUUUGCAGACAUGUCUGUUGUAUCUCAGUUUAUACCCAGAGAAUUAUAUAAUCUUGAAAGAAGAUAUAGUAAAGCAAUGGGUAGCUGAAGGUUUCAUCCUUGCACCAAGAGAGGAGGACAAAUUGAAGGUUGGCGGGAACUAUUUCGAUAAGCUUGUAAAUAUGGGCCUGAUCCAAUGUAUAGAUGUGGGCUAUAGUAAUGACGUAUAUUACUAUGCAGUGCACCCCAUGGCACACAAUCUUAUUACAUCGAAGUCCAGAGAAGAGAAUUUUAUGACGGUAAUAGAUUAUUCCGAAAGGACAAUGGGGUUUGCUAACAAGGUUAGUCGUCUGUCCCUCCAGUUUGGCAGUGCAACAUAUGCAACUAGACCAGAGAGCAUCGGACUGUCGCAAGUUCGACCACUUGCCUUUAUUGGACUAAAGAGCUGUUACUCUUCCAUUUUGGAGUUUAAGGUUCUACGAGUCCUGAUCCUUCACAUGUGGGCUGAUGAACCAAGCACCGGUGUGGACCUCAAGCCUACCUCUGAAUUGGCUCUUCUGCGAUCAUUGCAGGUCACAUGCAACGACACCGUACAUCUUCCAGAUCUGAUGCAAGGUCCGAAACACUUGGAAACACUAGAGAUAAAUGCAAGGGUGGCAGCUAUUCCAGCGAAUAUUGUUCAUCUUCGAAGCUGGUUGCAUCUGCGUCUCGGAGUUGGCACAGAAGUGCCCGAUUUGACGGGUACCCUGAAAAUUGUCACCACCCUGAAUCCUCCUAUUUCAUUGGACGAUCCAAGCUGUUCUUGCAAAUCAGGGAAGACAACGGAGUUUCUGUCACCCAUCUGUUCUUGCAAAUCAGUGAAGACACUGGAGUUGCUAUCACCCAUCUGCAGAGUCCCCAAGUGGAUUGGACAGCUUACCAACCUAUGCAUUUUGAAAUUUGUAGUGCGAGAACUCCAAAGAGAUGAUAUCAGUAACCUGCGAAAUUUGUCAUUUCUCGGUGUUCUCUCGUUGCAUGUCCAGCAACCAACUAGAGAACUCAUCUGCUUCGCAUCGGGAGCGUUUUCUGCUCUAGAGUAUUUUGAGUUCAGGUGUGGUGUACUGCGCCUGCUGUUUCGGGAAGGAACAAUGCCCAAUCUUGAGAGGCUUAAACUAGGUUUCAAUGCCUACCCAAGAGAUGGAUUUUUGCUUGUGGGUGUUGAAGAUCUGUUAAGCGUCAAGGAGAUUUCUGGAGUAAUCGGGCUAACCGCCGGUGCUGUGGAAAGUCACUUCAUGGCUGCAGAGUCUGUAUUCAGGAAAGCCAUGGGCAGGCACCCUAACCUGAGCGUAGAGAGAGAGGAAUUGUAUGCUGACGCAGAAAAACAGCACGAGAUCCACCCGUCAACAUCAAGUGAACAAACUGAAAGUCCAAGCAAGGAGUCUCAGGAUGUGCCUGGUUGGGCAGAAAAACAGCACCCGAUCCCAGGGAAACACACACCAGCAUCAGGUGAAGAGCAACAUUACCAGACAGAAAUAAAACAACAUUCCAGCAGCGACUCUCAACUCAUUAAAAGAUCACCAGCAUCAUUGAGAAUUUAUGGAAACGAUGGUCUAGACCAACUGUUAGUUUCCAAUAAAGAAACAGGUCUAGAGACGCUGAGACUCUUUAGCUGCCCACCUCUGGAGUUGAAGCACCUUCUGAUGCUAACCUCGCUGAAGACAUUGUGUGUACAGAAUUCAGUUGGUCUAGUUGGACCACUAGGAGGAGGUCAGAGUGAUGUGGAAUGGCAGCUUCCUGUUGAGUAUAUCCGGAUCAACAACUUAAAUGGCAAUACUGGCGAGGAACUGACAGAGCUCCUCCCCCACCUCCCAAAGCUCUCCAAAUUGGAAAUAUGGAAGUGUAAAAACAUAAAAAAGCUGGUUGUAGAGGUGGAUGUGCAACAGACAACAUCAGAAGCAUCAGAGAUGGGGGGAGGUGAAAUAACAGCAGCAGCAGCAUCAGAGAUGGGGGGAGGUGAAAUAACAGCAGCAGCAGCAGAGGAAGAGGAUGAUGGAGUGCUGCUCUUCCCAGCUCAUCUCUGCGACUCACUACGGGAAUUGAAGCUCCUUUCCUGCCCAGAGCUGGUCCUGGUGGACCCGCCAACUCUUGUUCCUGGAGGAGGAGGGCUCCAAGCUUUGCGAUCCCUCCAGAGAUUAACAAUACACCGGUCCCCAAAGUUUCUAUCCACCUUCUCCUUUUCCCAUCACAUUUUCCCUUCCUCCCUGCAGUUUCUGCUACUUUGGGAUGUGAAAGGUUUGAGGACACUGGAGCCCCUCUCAAACCUCUCCUCUCUCACCAAAUUAGAAUUGCAUCGUUGUGGAGAGGAUCUGAAAUGUCAUGGCUUGUGGUCUCUCCUUACCACCGGAGGCCAGCUCAACGAAUUAGUGGUCAGGGGCAGCCCUCGAUUCUUUGCUGAUUGGGAUCCCAAUCCCAGACGGGCUUUGGAGGAUGCUGAGGGAGGUGAAGAGCAGCAGACACAGCUUGUUUCAUCCACACUGCGUGAGCUCUGGACAGAUGACAUAGCAGGACUUCUUGCUGCACCCGUCUGCAGUUUCCUCUCUUCAUCCCUCACCAAGCUGAAACUUGAUGGGAGAUGGUGUGAAGGGAUGGAGCGGUUCAGCAAGGAGCAAGAGGACGCCCUUCAACUCCUCUCCUCCCUCCGGGAACUAGAGUUUUGGGAUUUCAAGGGCCUUCAACAAUUCCCUGCAGGGCUGUGCAACCUUACCAGCCUCGAGGAGUUAACAAUCUACGAUUGCCCAGUCAUUUCUUCAUUGCCUAACGAUGGCCUCCCCAAAUCACUACAAAAGCUAGUUGUCUACCACUGCAGCGAGAAGCUAAAACAGCAGUGCAGGGGGUUGGAGGGAACCAUCCCAACAGUCCAAAUACUCUGAUCCAAGGGAGGGACUCUGCCUUGGAGUUCCCUUGUACAUUCUUUUAGCCUUGUACCUUCCCAUACAAACACAUGCAUGACACAAGGGCCUUGUGGCUGUGGUCUUCCUUCCUGUACUUCAAUCUGGUGUACUUGCAACUGAUAGGUUUGCGGUUUUUCAAUUCAGUCUACGUUCUAGUGAUGGGACUUGUACCAACCAAAUCCAUCCAAGCGCACACUGGCCGCCCAGGAAUUGCUGCAGUCGUUGCCAAUAGCACCCCCCAAGGCACAUUGUCAAGUUGUUGCAGAAAGAUUUUUCCAAGGCAAACAAGCCAUGAGUACCCGAAUACCCGAAGAUAGAUGCAGCUAAUUAUCGAAAGCUUGCACUGCAAAGGUAAGAAGGGAUUAUUCAUGUCUGCUCUGAGUACCAGAAGAGGGACAUAAUCUUGUCAGGAGAAGAACCAGGCUGCAUCAUCUUGUGAAGAAGUUGACACUUGUUAUGUUGUUAUAACUGAAAAAAUUGACACCCAGCGUUUAUCGUGACAUGCCACCACCCUUGACCGUGCAUCCAACAACUCUGAAGACUGCAGCUGUAGCUGCUUGAAUUACCUUUUACUGACUCCUUGUUCACAUGCUUCACUUCAGUGUUAAAGUUAUCUGAAUUCGCCUA